GUAAUCAAACUACAGUAUCACCUUUUUUCUUUCUUCCUUCAUGAACUUUUUGACAAGUGGACCGAUGGAGACAAAAUCCAGCAAAUUACCUUUGGCGCUUUUGAAUUCACAGAAAUGGAGUAUGACACCGACAUGGGCUCGGAGUGGCUGCAAAAGAACUAGACCGUAUCCAGGGUGGUGACAGCAUCACGUAGUUGUGCCUUGCCGGUUUCGUCGAUUGCGCGCAUUGAGAUGCCGUGUCAAGACAGUACAUCUUUUGUGAACUUCAAGUUGAUUGGUUACGGUGGCAAACUUACCCACAAAGCUCACCACACUCACGCGCAAGUCAACGCAAAGAAGACAUCGGCCAAGAAACAACGACUAGAAUGGUCGCAGUGCUUGAUUUAUAGACGAAAAAGCAUCUUCCAUUGGGCGCUCCAAACGGAGCUGAAAAAUCGAAGAGCUGCUGGAAUUGAAGCAGUGUACACGGAACUCGCCGAGAACAGCGGUAAAACCGGCAAUGCCACCGACUUCCAAAAUUACUUGCGGGCACUUUCUCGCGUCCACGAUGAACUCCAUCGUUUCAACCGCGCUGAUCGCCAUCGCGAAAAACGACCGACUCCUUCCUGGAUGAUCCGCCCCGAAUAUCUGGUGCUUCCUGUGCGAGAUAUCAAUGAAGACUUGCACCAUUUCGGCAAGCUUAAGAGUCUGAGACGUACUGCACUCAUGGAAAACGGAAAACUCGGCUGCAACCCAGGGAUUGAAUCGAGCUACGACGCAUCGAAGCGUCUUACAGAAGACUUCCCCGGAUUCCUCCAGUCGGUGGAUAUGAUGCCGGGACAGAUGUGUAUCAGUUUUUGUGCACCUGCAAUUGCAGCCCGCGUGGAUCUGUCAGUCAAUCUGCUCACCGAUGUUGCGUACGACUGCUUCGCAGAUGGCUUUUACCUCUGUAGGGCCAACAUGGUUUUUUAAGACCUGAACAAGUAUGCCGUCGUCUUUCAGGUAGUGUUGGAUGGACUCUCCAGCAGCCAUUUCAAGGCUUACUUCCUCGCCUUUUUCCGUACCUUUG